AUGUAUCUAGCAGUACGGGAUUAUGAUGAUUAUGACCGAUGCUACACAGACAACCGCGGGCGCUACCGCUGCUACAGAAGUGCCUGGGACAACUGGGUACGCUGGCUCGUCCUCGGCGUCGUAGUCAUCGGAUUCCUCCUCCUCUUCGUCUUGUGCAGUUGCCUAACAGCCCGUCGCCGCCGCAAAGCUGGUCGCCAACCCUUCUACGGCACAGGCUGGGCCGCCCGUCCAGGAAACGGUACCAACACCGCACAACCCUACUACGCCAAUGGCCAGAACAACUACGCUGCCCCGGCGCCGCCAUACUCACCUCCGAAUGACGUCAACAACGGAUACUACGGUGGCGGCGCGAAUCAGGGCUACUACAACAAUGGCCAGCAGAAUGGCGUCGAGCUCCAGUCGCCACAACCGACGUAUGGUGGUGGAUAUGCGCCGCCGCCGGGCCCACCACCUACCAAGGGUGAUGGUAUCGUGAGAUAGAGUCCUCUUGGCAAUGACGACAUUAAGGCGUGAGGAUUGAGUGGGAAUGGGAAUGACAAGGCGUUCAUGGACUUCAAUACUUUUUCGCAGAAUGCACUGCGCAAGCCAUGAGUUUUGAUAUGGGUUGGAGUUUAUGCUAGGAUACCUCUUGCUUCCAUAUAUAUUUUCUAUUCAUGAUUGUUGUCAAUCAAUGACAAUCAGACUACUA